GCUCAUCUUUGUUGUCAUGUCAGGGAAAGAGGUGCAAAAUCAACCUGCCAUUGGCUGGGCCAGAUCGAACAUGGGCUCGUGCCCUAGUUAGAGCUGUUUUGACUAAGGGCUCGGCACCAAACUGAAGAAUAAAGAAUGGGCUGGGCUGGGCUGGGCCGGGCCGUGGAUGUUCAACUUGGGAGAAAUUGUAAAAAGUAAAAACGGAUAGAUGAGGGUCCACGUCGGAUAAGCGCCAUCAAUGGAUAGGGAUCCCAUUUCAUUUCGCAGGGAAAAGAGGUUUUUGCCGCGAGUUUACCCACCCGACAACGUCCAUGCAGUUAUACACACACGUGGCGAUCUGCCCGCGCUUCCGCUUGGGGAAUUCUCCAGACUCUUCUCUUCUCGUCAAUCUGUCGCUUCUCGAAUUUUCCCAACCGUUCGCCGACCUCUCAUUUAUAUCCAUCUCUCUUCGAUCACCCUCUCUGCCGAGAGAUUUCUUCGUCACCCUUCUCCACUCUGAAGCUAGGUCCUCCCUCCAUUCGUUCAAUUUCCUACGCGAGAGUCAUCAGAACGAAAUGGCUAGCCUGAUGGAUCAUUUGUUCACCAUCCCUGAGACCAUGGAGAGGUUCAUAUUCCCCACCACUCCGACUCACUCCGGCAACCACAGCGGCGGUGGGGCCGCGGCGGAAGCAUCUGCUCACAUUCACGCCGACGUUCUCGACUGUCCUAAGGAGUACGUCUUCUACCUCGACGUCCCAGGCCUCUCCAAAUCAGAUAUCCAGGUGACGGUGGAAGACGAGAACACCCUGGUGAUCAAGAGCACCGCGAAGAGGAAGCGGGAGGAGGUGGACGGCGGAGUCGGCGACGGAGAAGGCUGCAAGUACAUCCGCCUGGAACGGCGGAGCCCUCAGAAGCUGAUGCGGCGGUUCCGCCUCCCGGAGAACGCCAAUGUCUCAGCCAUCUCCGCCAAGUGCGAGAACGGAGUGCUGAGGGUUGUCGUCGAGAAGCAUCCUCCGCCGCCCAAGCCCAAGUCCUUCCAAGUCGCCAUCUCCUGAAACGAAUCACCAAUUGGCAAUUGCAUGUGGCUGCACUAGAGUUGUAGUAACCAGUAGCUCUGUUUUUUCCUCUGCUUUUCCCGCUCAAAUGUUCAAGAGCU